CGCCGUCGGCCUCUGCACCCGCGCGCUCGGAAGUCUUGGGCCCAGAGCACCCCUUUUCUUCAACCCCAAUUGACCCGGCAGCUCCUUCGGGAGGAUCACGUUGACCCUGGCGACGGGCGGCCCUUGCGCUGUCUUCUUCCCCCCACUCGGGGACGUGGUGCGCACGCGCGGCUUGGCCGGGGCGGUGGCUCCGGGGCCAGUGGCGAGGAUCCAGACAGUGAAAAAGCAGUCUGGCUCCCGAGGUCCACCCCGUACACCCCAGGGUCCAGAUGGCGGCCAACGUGGGUGAUCAGCGUAGCACGGAUUGGUCCUCUCAGUACAGCAUGGUGGCCGGGGCAGGCAGAGAGAGUGGCAUGGAGACCCCCAUGCACGAGAACCCCGAGUGGGAGAAGGCCCGCCAGGCCCUGGCCAGCAUCAGCAAAGCGGGAGCUGCCGGCAGCUCUGCCAAGGCCAGCGGCAGCGGGCCCGUGGCCAGUGCACAGUAUGUGUCACAGGCAGAAGCCUCGGCUCUGCAGCAGCAGCAGCAGUACUACCAGUGGUACCAGCAGUACAGCUAUGCCUAUCCGUACAGCUACUAUUACCCUGUGAGCAUGUACCAGAGCUAUGGCUCCCCCUCCCAGUACGGGAUGGCCAGCUCCUAUGGCUCAGCUGCACCGCAGCAGCCGUCCGCAGCGCAGCACCAAGGGACUCUGAACCAGCGGCCGCUCCGCCCACAGCCCCCGGUCCCGGGUAUGGACGAAGGCCUGUCCUACCAGGCGCCCCCUCAGCAGCUGCCAGCAGCCCAGCCCCCUCAGCCCUCCAACCCCCCGCGUGGGGCUCACCCUUUGAGCAGCGGUCCGCAGCCCGGGACGGCGCCUGCCACGCAGCACAGCCAGGCCGGAUCUGCCUCGGGCCAGGCCUACGGGCAGCAUGGCUACAGCGAGCCCGCCAAGCCCAAGAAGGGCCAGCAGCUGUGGAACCGCAUGAAGCCGGCCCCUGGGACUGGUGGGCUCAAGUUCAACAUUCAGAAACGGCCUUUCGCUGUCACAAGCCAGAGCUUUGGCUCCACCACGGAGGGCCAGCACGGCAGCUUCGGUCCCCAGCCCAACCCCGAGAAGGCCCAGAACCACAGGGGGAACCUGUCCGGUAAGCCCGACGACUGGCCGCAGGACAUGAAGGAGUACGUGGAGCGCUGCUUCACCGCCUGCGAGUCGGAGGAGGACAAGGACCGGACGGAGAAGCUGCUCAAGGAGGUGCUGCAGGCGAGGCUCCAGGACGGCUCGGCCUACACCAUCGACUGGAGCCGGGAGCCCCUGCCGGGGCUGACUCGGGAGCCUGUGGCUGAGAGCCCCAAGAAGAAGCGGUGGGAGGCCCCUAGCAGCCUCCACCCUCCCCGGGGGGCAGGCUCAGCGACCAGGGGCGGGGGUGCCCAGUCCCAGCGAGGGACGCCCGGGGCUGGGGGUGCUGGCCGAGCCCGGGGCAGCAGCUUCGCCAAGUUCGGCAACCGCAAUGUCUUCAUGAAGGACCACAGCUCCUCCUCCAGCACCGACUCGCGCUCCCGCUCCUCCUCCCGCUCCCCGACCCGCCAUUUCCGCCGCAGUGACUCGCACUCGGAUUCCGACAGCUCCUACUCAGGGAAUGAGUGUCACCCUGUGGGUCGCAGGAACCCACCCCCCAAGGGCCGGGGAGGCCGGGGGGCCCACAUGGACCGGGGCCGAGGCAGGGCGCAGCGUGGGAAGAGGCACGACCUAGCCCCCACCAAGCGCAGCCGCAAGAAGAUGGCGGCCCUGGAGUGUGAGGAUCCCGAGCGCGAGCUGAAGAAGCAGAAGCGGGCGGCGCGCUUCCAGCAUGGACAUUCCCGUCGCCUGCGCCUGGAGCCCCUGGUGCUGCAGGUGAGCAGCCUGGAGAGCGGCGGGGCCGACCCCGACUGGCAUGAGCUGCAGAUCGUGGGCACCUGCCCUGACAUCACCAAGCACUACUUGCGUCUCACCUGCGCCCCCGACCCGUCCACUGUGCGCCCCGUGGCGGUUUUGAAGAAGUCGCUGUGCAUGGUCAAGUCCCACUGGAAGGAGAAGCAGGACUACGCCUUCGCCUGCGAGCAGAUGAAGUCCAUCCGGCAGGACCUGACGGUGCAAGGUGUGCGCACCGAGUUCACGGUGGAGGUGUACGAGACCCACGCCCGCAUCGCCUUGGAGAAGGGUGACCACGAAGAGUUCAACCAGUGCCAGACGCAGCUCAAGUCACUGUAUGCUGAGAACCUGCCAGGCAACGUGGGCGAGUUCACUGCCUACCGGAUCCUCUACUACAUCUUCACCAAGAACUCAGGAGACAUCACCACGGAGCUGGCGUACCUGACGCGGGAGCUGAAGGCGGACCCUUGUGUGGCCCACGCCUUGGCGCUCAGGGCAGCCUGGGCCCUGGGCAACUACCACCGCUUCUUUCGGCUCUACUCGCACGCGCCCUGUAUGUCUGGCUACCUCGUGGACAAGUUUGCAGACCGGGAGCGCAAGGCCGCCCUCAAGGCAAUGAUCAAAACGUAUGUGAAGCUGAGCUCUCCCCCUGGCCCUCUGCUCUGCGGCCUCACCGCCGCCCUCCUCCCCCCCGUCCGCACCUCUGACUCCCCUGGUCUCCCUCCCUCGGGUCCUGGCCUUCGCUCCCCUUUUCUCCUCUCCACGCUCGGCCCUCCCCUCUGGUCCCUCCACCUUCCAGCGCACGCACGGCAGGCCCUCCUCCGGUCCUGUCUCUCACUGCUCUGGGCUCCCCUGCCCCUUCGCCUCUCUUUGCCUUCUCUUCGCAUCACUCUGGACCCCACUCGGUCUUCUCCUUGCUCCGGGCUCCCCUUCCUCCAAGGCCUCUGCCCACCUUCUUCAGCGCUCCUGUGGCUGAGCUCCUGCUCUGUGGGGACGCCCAGCGAAGGCGGCCCUGCCCUUGGUAGCCGCGGUCUCAGGGACAAGGCCCCGCUCCCACUCGAGCUGUUUUGAGAGCCCAGGCGUGCUCAGGGACCAGGCGUGAGGCAGGGCAAGCUAGGCCGGGACGGGACCCAAAGAGCGCGGCCUGUGCUCACGUGCUCAGUCAGGCGGGAGACGCCCCCCGGCGACGGCAGGACACCUCUUGCGUUGUCACAACCGGGGUCCUCCUGGCCUCUGCUGGUGGAGGCCAGGGGUGCUGCUCAGUGCCCUGCAGUGCACAGGGCACCCCCAGCUGGGUCACCUGGCCGCAGUGUCAGUCUUACUGAGGCUGGGAAGCCCUGGUCAGAGGACGUGGGGCCUUGAGUGCCACGUCAGUUUGUUGGGAGCCGUGGGGGUGGUUUGCAGCUGGGGAGGGAUACUUACCCUGCAGGUUAGGAGACUCCUAGGAUCCAGUUUGGGUCAAGCCGAUGUGAGGGCAAGGUGCGGGCCGGGGCAGGGGCCGUGGGAAGAGAGAGGAGGGAGUGGGGCAGACACAGAGGAGGCAGGGCCGCGGGACCCGCUCUCUAAGCCAGGAGGGGUGAGGAGGCCGUGCACCUGAAGGACCCUGGGCUCCCCGGCUCCCGUGUUCUCCGCGGCCGCACAGGCUCUUCCUCCUGUAGUUUUCGGGCUUCUGCGCCGCCCCCGGGCUGUAGCCGGGCAGGCCACUGUCCCCCCCUCAGCACUUCCUGUUUCUGCCUCAGCCUGUGUGUGCUUGGCCAGUGGGAGGGCUCUGGCCUGUCGUUGGCCUCACGGUCUUGUGUCCCCCCGCUCCGGAGGGUGGUGCGGCUUCUCUCUGGCUCGCUGGGCCGGGGCCAGCCCCGUGUUGGGGGGCAGCAGGCUGUCCUGUGCCCCGCCCCCCCAUGGACUUCCAGGGCUCUGAGGAAGUGGGGGCUUCAGGCAGGAGUGGUUUGAGCGUUUUCUGCCACUUACUUAGGUCCUAGGUGACAGUGGCUCUGCCGCUGCGCUGUCCUCGGUGUGUGUCUGUAAAGGGUAGGGUGACAGCUGCUGGGAGGGAGCUCAGCGAGCUCACGGGGCGGUACUUAGAAGAGCACAGGCCAAGCCUCCUCUCUUAGCACGCGGACCCAGCUCAGGGCAAGCGGGAGGGGAGGGGCGGGGCUCCCUGCGCCUGGCCCCUGCCCCGGGCCACGCGGGCCCUCUCCUGAGGGGCUGCUCAGGCCCCGGCCAGCAGAGGAGCCAGCUGGGCCCUUCCCUCCUGGCCCCUCUCCUCCCGUCCCCGCACAGGUAAGUGAGGGGGAGGGGGGGCACAGCGAGGGGUUGGGGCCCCCCCCACCCCGGGCCCCCCCGAGCCCCUGAGGGGGGAGGCCGGGGCUGGGGAGGGGCCAGCAGGUGACAUGCUGAGGAAACCUUUGGGUGCCCGAAAGGGGGGCGCCCACUCCUUGCUCGUGGGGCCCUCCCGUGCCCGCCGCCCGCCUCAUCGCGUUCUCCUCUUGUCUCCGUAGCUUCCGCCCUGCGCUGCCAGUCUCCUACCUGCAGGCCGAGCUGGCCUUCGAGGGUGAGGCCGCCUGCCGGGCCUUCCUGGAGCCCCUGGGCCUGGCCUACACGGGCCCGGACAACUCCAGCGUCGACUGCCGCCUCAGCCUGGCGCAGCUG